AUGGGACAAAACAAUGAAGAACUGGAGACGGUCGGAGAGCGCAGUCGUCGUGAGAGCACGUGGCCCGCGACUCCUUCCGGCGUGCCCUUCCCCAUGCAGAACUCCAGCCACGUCAAGUUCGAACCCCCCGCGGUGCCCGUUAUAUUCGUACUGGGUCUACUCGCAGGUGGUCCUGGCAGUGGGAAGGUGACACACUGUGAUAACCUGAUGCAGGAGAGGCGCGGGAUGGUCCACAUCAACAUGACGGACCUCCUGCAGCAGUACGCCAUCGGCAACGACAUGCUAGACUUUGGCACGCUGUCUAGCAAGACGGUGACCGAGGUCCUGAUGUUGGAGAUGAAAAUGGCCCCCACAGCUCGGACGUAUCGUGUCCGGAUACCCAGAUCCAUGAGGGACGUUGCGGAGUAUUCUGAUAGGUCGCUGGGACUGGUAAUUAAUUCAUAUACACUUAAAGGACUUAAUAGUGUUCAUUUCGGCUAA